AAUUUGACACUUUUGUUAAAUUUGAUUUGAGAUUUUAUAUUUCGGCAUUUAAUUCAUUUUGGGAAUACAUUUUUUUAACUUAAUACUUCUUAAAAGUAUAACUGGAAGUCGACAAGCAUGUUAAACGAAGAUUUAUUCACGGAACCUUGCUUGGAGCGUCAUUUCACUGGCCAUUGUUCCAGCAUAACACAAGUACGUUUUAGUCCUUGUGGUCAACGUUUGGCCACUAGUUCCUUGGAUCUCUCAGUUAUUUUGUGGGACUUAAAGCAAGCUGCACGUUGUAUACGUUUCAAUGCACAUUCAGGUGCCGUUUAUAGCGUAUCUUGGUCGCCAAAGUCAAAUUUAGUAGCAUCUGCAAGCAAGGACCGCACAGUUAAAAUAUGGGAACCUAAAAUUCGUGGAGUUUCUGGUGAAUUUUUGGCACAUAGUAAAGCCGUACGCAGUGUUGACUUUGAUCCCAGUGGUACAAUGCUCAUCACCGCUUCCGAUGACAAAACAUUAAAACUAUGGAAAGUCGCACAACGUAAAUUUUUAACUUCUUUCACUGGUCAUAACAACUGGGUACGUGCAGCCAAAUUUAGUCCAAAUGGACAAUUAGUCGCAUCAUGUGGUGAUGAUAAGUCUUUAAGAGUUUUCGAUGUGAGUUCGGGUGAAUGUGUACGCACAUUCACCGAAGAACGUGGAAUGGGACGGCAGUUGGCCUGGCAUCCAGAUGGAAAUUUAAUAGCUGUAGCCUUAAGUUGUAAUCGUGUGAAGAUCUUUGAUAUAGGUCAAGGGGAACUUAUACAAUUAUAUCAAGUGCAUUCAGCACCAGUGAAUGAUUUGGCAUUUCAUCCAAGUGGAAACUUUUUACUAACCGGCGGUGAUGACGACACUAUAAGGAUUUUAGAUUUACUAGAGGGACGACCAAUUUAUACUCUCACUGGGCAUACAGAUAAAGUAUGCGCUGUUGCAUUCUCACCAGACGGUCAAUUGUUCGCUUCCGCAGGCGAAGACAAACAGUUACUUGUUUGGAAAUCUAAUUUGCAUACAUUUGAUGCUACCAGCCAUCGCAACAAGCAAGCAACUUCACAAAAAACGCAAAGUGAACGAAAUUAUACUGCCGCACCGCCUAAUUCCGCCGCGGCCACUUCGGCAGCUAGCGUUGCAAACAUAUGUGAUGAUAGUAUUUUCAUUGAUCCACGACAGUCGGUGGCUUACAAAAUGCGUGAUGAAAAUUUUCAGGUUUUGGAUAGCCAAUACACAACAUCAAGGCAAUCAUCUGUAAGCAACAUUCCAACAGUACACCGACAGCAACACGAAACGGUAGAUAAACUAGAAACAGAUGGAAAUGCUGAUAGCAUCAGCUAUAGUAGCAACAGCAGCACUUCACUAUUACACAUGACAAACAAAAGCGAAAGUAAUAGCAGCAAUGUCAUCAUUGAAACUCAUAAGACACCUAGCAAAUAUUUCUAAUUCCCUGCUUUAUGAACACACUUAAUGUGCUUGUGUUCUGUAUGUUUGAUAUUCUGCUGCUGUUGUCAUAUAAAUAAAACGGAUUAGUUUUUAUAACACAUUCUUUAUUAUAAUUAUGUUCAACGUUUUAUUACACCGACACCCCUUACAUUAUAUCUACUUUUAAUUCGCACACAAUUUUUAACAUAUUAAUAAAAAUCUAUUAAUAUAAUAGUUGAUAAAA